GCUGAAACGAGAGUCCAAAAAACUCUUCACCUGAGAAAUGAACGUGGCGUCGUUACCAGUAAGGACAACAUCAUCCACAUAAAUGAGAGCCGCAACAAAGGAGUCACCCUUGCGGUACAAAAAGAGAGUGUUGUGGUAUAUGAUCCACGAUUGAACCUCUCCCAACAACUCAAGUUGUUGGGAGAAGGUUAUGCUGGAUCUUAUACCACUCUCUAACAGUCAGGCUUCUUUACACUCGUCUGUUUCAUAUCCUAUUCAAAAUGUACUCACAUAUCGAUCACUGAGUCCUACUCAUCGACAUUUUUCACUUGCAUCUCUUGAGAAAACAAAAACCUGGGUUCUAGUAGAUCCCCCUCCUAAUGUUCCUAUCAUUGGAAACAAAUGGGUUUUCAGAUUCAAAUUCAAACAAGAUGGGACAAUAGACAAAUACAAAGCACGUCUAGUAGCCAAAGGUUAUACUCAGACACCUGGAGUAGAUUACAUGGACACUUUUUCACAUGUUGUUAAAAUGACCACAAUCAAGAUCCUUUUAGCUCUAACAUCAAUUUACAAAUGGCAUCUGGAGCAAUUAGAUGUCAACACAGCAUUCCUCCAUGGUGAUUUACACGAAGAUGUGUAUAUGAAACUGCCUCCACGAUUGCAGGUUCACCCAUCAGAUCAACACAAGGUCUGCAAACUUACAAAAUCACUAUAUGGCUUAAAACAAGCUAGUCGACAGUGGUUUGAAAAACUUGCAGCCGCCUUAGAAACUAUUGGCUACCAAAAAUCCCACAUUGACUACUCUCUAUUCACCAAAUACUCUGGUCAAUCAUUCACAGAUCUACUAGUAUAUGUCGAUGACAUUAUACUCACUGGAAACAACAUGGAUGAAAUCAAUUAUGUAAAACACCAAUUGGAUAUUUCUUUCACAAUCAAAGACCUUGGUAAAUUAAAAUACUUCCUUGGAAUGGAAGUUUCAAGAUCAUACACUGGAAUUCAUUUGUGUCAACGCAAAUAUACACUUGAUUUGCUGUCUGAUACAGGUUUUCUAGCUUCUAAACCUCCUACUACCCCUUCCAUUCCUGCCACUCAUCUUUCUGCUCAUGAUGGUACUCCUUUAAAUGAGCAUGAUCAUAGUAGUUACAGAAAACUCAUAGGUCGAUUACAGUAUCUAUGCAAUACACGACCUGACAUAUGUUACACUGUAAAUCAAGUACGUCAGUUUGUUGAUUCUCCUACUUCAGCACAUGAACAAGCUACUCACAGACUUCUUCAAUUUCUAAAAACGACUCCUGACAGAGGAUUGUUUUUUCCUUCUAAUUCUUCUACAUGACUCAUGGCCUUCUCUGAUUUAGAUUGGGCUGGAUGUCCAGGUAUUAGGAGAUCAGUAACUGGGUUUUUUGUGUUUUUAGGUAAUUAAUUGAUCAGCUGGCGCUCGAAGAAACAACAAACCAUUUCGCGAUCCUCAACAGAAGCAGAAUACAGGGCAUUGGCGGACACAUCCCAGGAGCUUCAAUGGAUGACAACACUCUUCCAUCAACUUCCAGUUCAACCUCCGCUUCCAUACACCAUCUACUAUGAUAGUCUCUCUGCUAUCAAAAUGACAGAGAACCCUGUCCAGCACGAACGCACCAAACACAUUGAAGUAGACUACCGCUUUACUCGAGACCAAGUUCUUGAUGGGAAAUUAAAGGUUCAACACAUCUCCACGACACUCCAGCUAGCAGAUCCCUUCACCAAAGCGUUGCCUGUACACACUUUUAUUGACCUCAUCUCCAAGCUAAACCUAAAGUCUAUCCAUGCUUAGCUUGUGGGGGGUAUUAGAUAAUAAGGACCAUUCUGUAAAUAACCAAAUAGCUUAGGAUUAGUUCAGUAAAAGUAGAAUGUAAAUAGGACCUAUAAUGUAAAUUAGCUAGGUUGUUACAACGGCUUUUCCCUCCGUUCAACUUUGUAAACCAGAGUAUAAAAUCAGCUUCACUAUCUGAACUCUGUACGUUUUUCUUCCUUCAAUAGAGAAAUUCAGAACUUCAAUCAGAAUUCUAGCACUUCUGGCCAAGCCCGUGGGGGAAGACGAGGCGGCAUCUGGACACCAAUUCUUCUAGGAGUGCGAGGGUGAAAACAGCAGCAACCUCUACUCUUCCUAUGACGACUAUUUCUGCAUCCUGCUGCUGAUGGGCGCCCUCCUGCAACAACUCGUCAAUGUAUUACUAGAAAGGUAUCACAUGAUGAUCUUGGUCCACAUUAAAUAGUUGGGGAUGCGGGUUUCUGUAAUUAGCUCUCAGCUUCCUUUAUGUGUGUUAACUAGGAUGAUGACGACUCGUCCGGAAGUGAUGAAGGAGAAGAUGACGAUAAGAUGAUGGUGGAUUCUCCCUAGACAGAAGACGUUGGUGAUGAUGAUGAUUGGUGGAUGGUGGUUUCUUCUCUUUUGCGUUUGCAAAGAAAAGAAGAAAACAGAAAAUAAAAAUAUUUUAUUUAGUUUUUGUAAUAAUUAGGUGGAAAAUAAAAAAUAAUUAUUUUUUAAUUGCCACACCACUCACUUAACAGUCAACAGUGAGAGUUGACCGCCACAUCAACAAAAGUUAACAGAGAGUCAGGGCUGUUAAUGAGCCAAGCCGAGUCGAGUUUUGCCUUGUUCAUGUUCGACUCGUUUAUAAAGGAGUCGAGCUCGAGCUCGACUCGUUUAUAAACGAGCCGAGUCGAGUCGAACACGAGCCAACUCAUUUAUUAAAUCUUGACAUAUCAUUAAGAUCAAAAGUUUGGCUCGAGUUCAACUCUAAGAUAAUUUAUAAUAUAAAUACCCUCAUAUUUAUAUGUAAUAUGUGAUACAAGUGAUUACCUAAUGUUAUGUCAUAUAUGAGACGUAUUUGCUUAUAUAUACUCAAUUUAUUAAACACCAUAUGAGGUGAUAUAUACAAUUUAAUAAUUAUAUGCAUCAUUAACAAAACAACUCAUAAAAUAUAGAUUGAUUUUCUCAUAAGCUGUAGUCGAGUUGGCUCUCUAGUCACAAUGUUGGGACAUCUCAUAAGCUCAAUACUAGACCGUUUAUGAGUUGUAUUAGACGAGCCACCUAAUUGAGCUAGUUCACGAGCUUCACGAACGAGCCGAGCUUUUUUUGUUCGAACGGGCUUUUAUCGAGUUCGAGACCGAGUCACUCACGAAUAGAUUGGCUCAUUAACAGCCCUAACGGAGACUAACGGCCAGUGACCAAAUUUGAACUGUUAACCUAAUUUAAGUGACUAUGGAUGGAAUAAAUUAAUUUUAGUGACAAAUGUGAACUUUACUAGUAAUUUAAGUGACCAAACUUGCAAUUUAGUCGUUAUCUUUAAUAAUUUUGCAACUCUUCUCUUAAUUAAAAACUAUCCUUUAU